AUGGAUAUUUGGAGAAUGGAGCGACCUUGUAAAAUACCCAAUUCUCCUUGGAAAGCCAAACUCUUAAAUAGGCAUGGAUUUGAAUCUGGCCGUUAUAGAUUAGAAGCUGUUUUGCAUGGCCAAAAAAUUUUUACUUUUGGGGGUGGUGCCCCAGACUUUUGUGCAGAAUUUAAUGAGGUGCUUGUUUUCAACAUUUCUGAACGCAAAUUUGAGCAUUGUCCAACAAUUCCUGAUUCAAAGUUUGGAUUCCCUUUAGGCAGAAAAUGCCAUUCUUUAGUGCAAUUAGAUGAUGAUGUUUAUAUUAUUGGGGGUUGUCGUGAUAAUUUAGAACAACAAUUGCAACAUCCUCACCACCAAUUAAUAACAAAGCAGCAAUUACUCAACGAUGUUUGGCGUUUUAAUUUAAAUAAUUUAACAUGGAAGAAAUUGCAAACAAAUUUGCCUAUCCCCGUUUAUUUCCAUUCUUCUACAUUAACAAAAGAUGGAUGUGUUUAUGUUUUUGGUGGUUGUGUAGAUGAAGAUCCCCUUUCCCAAACAAGAGUUAAUUGUCUACAAAAAUUCUGGUUAAAACCUCCAUCUUUACGUUAUUUUGCUUCAAAUGCUUUAAUUGAAAAUAUGGAGAUAAAUCAAAAAAGAAGAAUUUUUAAUAAUUUUGAUAUUAAAUUGAGUGAUUCUGAGGUGUGUUUUUCUAGAAAAUAUUUCCUUCUGAAAUUCAUUUACCUCCCAUUUAAAAUUGUAGAAAAAGGAUUCCUUUAUUCAAAUUAA